AAAAUAUUGUUUGCCAUCAAACUAAUUAAUAAUUAAGCUCAAAUAAAAACUAAUUAAUUCAAGCAGCUGGCUUCGGCUUGACACAAACGCAAAAGCAAACGCUACAACAACAACAACAACAACAGCAACAAAUUCAUACAAGGUCAACGGAUUUAAUAUUUUUUAAAUGGAAAUCAUUCCUGAAGGUAGACACUUUCGUUUGGUGCAUGAAUCAGAGCUUCCAGAAAUUUUGGUAACUUUAGAGCGCUAUCUGCCGGAAUCAUUAAAGUUUCAUCAAACCAUUAAAACGUACCUGAAUGAUCGUGUUUGGGACUUUAAGUUUUAUGUUGCUAAAGAUUGGCCCGAAAAGCCGAUAAUAUUACAUUUUCCAGGAUGCACGCUAACGCCGCACAACAAUAUAUACCAAACGUUUGGCAUAUUUUGUCCAUCCGCACACAUCGAGUACGUCGAUCUGAUGCGCACCGAAGAUGUACUUAUAGAUUGGCGAAAGCCAUUGUACCUGAACUUUACGCACGUCGCAAUUAUGAAUCGCCUGGAUGAGUUCUAUUCGAAGAUUGGAGUGAUGGAGCGACUGAGCGGUGAUAUCUAUGUGUGCAACAAGCUGAACACGGACCUGGAGCUGGAGCCGCUGCCCGACGAUGCGGAAAUGCGCUUGCUAACAUUGGAGAACGUUCAGGGCAUACACGAUCUAUAUCCGGCCAAUGAAAUCGAGUGCGUCAAGCUCUUCGAUAUACUCGUGCGUGUGCUGCCCGGACUGGGCAUCUAUCGCAAGGAUACGAACGAGCUGGCGGCAUGGAUGGUGCACUCGUAUUACGGCGCUAUGUUUUCUAUGCAAACACGUCCAGAUUACCGACGCAUGGGUUAUGGCAUUCGAUUGGCCAAGUCAUUGACUCAGCUGGUGAUCGAGCGAGGCUAUACUCCGUUCGUUGUCAUACGUCCACAGAACGAUGCGUCCAGGAAUCUAUAUACCAAGCUGGGCUAUGUCAAGGCCUACGAGACAUGCCGUGUGCGUAUGACACCCGAUUGCUAUAAGGACAGCACGGUGGGCACCAUUGCGAACACCUCGUAUGCCAAGUUUCCACCAUUACCUCAGGACGGCGAUGAGUUGUGCGUUAUGCUGCCUAUGCGCAAGCAUAUACCCGGCGAGAGCCAGGCCGUCGACGACGAGGGCAUCGAGGAUAUGUUGGCUGAAAAAUGUGAUAUCAGCAACGAUGAGGCUAGAGAGCGUAAGACAACAACCGACGAGGGCAUUGGCGAGGAUAAGUAGGCAAAAAGAGAGAGAGAGAGAUAGACAAAGAGAGAAAGAGGAAAAGGGAGGACGAUGUAGCUCCAAGAGCUGGCAUAAGAGUUAGAAAGACAGAGUUACAUUAGAGAGAGUUACAGAUUGAUUGGUAUUGAAUGAUAUAUGUAUGUAUAUGUACAUGCAUGUCCAUGUCAAGAACAGUU